AUGCCUUCCACAACCAUGCCACCCGAGGUGGAUAUUAAUGUCACAAUGACGGAGCGCGUAUUUCCUCAAGAGCGAACACGGCAUGAACACGCAAUUCCAUUGUCGCUACUGGAUGCGACCACCGCCAACUUCGCUCUUACAAAUGCUAUAUGGCUCUUCGAGCCACUCCAUGAGAAGGAUGUAGUGAACGUCGCUGUGCACCUCCGCCAAACACUCGGCACUGCGCUUACUUCGUAUCCUCAAUGGGCGGGCCAGUUGAAAUCUAUCGCUGUCGUUGACGACGCGUCGGUUCCCGCUGAAGCACAAGAGUUCCCAGCCCACGCCCGUCGCUUCGGCCGCGUGUACGCGCAUUUCGGGGCCUCCUCAGACAUCGGGGUGGAGUUUAUCUCAGCAACAUGCUCUGCCACCACGGACUCACUCUAUCAAACAGACCGCGUCAAGACUCAGCCACUUUGGGAUCGUAAAGACGACAACCUCGGUAAAUUUGUGCCUGCUGUCGAUAUUGCACAUGCUCUACAACCUAACGAGCCUGAUGCCGUGACGGGAUUGCGCAAGCCGAUCAUGGCCAUCCAAUGCACGACAUUGUCAGAUGGUGGAUUUGUCCUCGCUGCCAAAACGGCACAUCCCUUCGCGGACAUCACGGGUCUUAUCCGCUUCAUCAAGGAUUGGGCAAGUGUGAGUAGUGCCGCCAUCAAGGGCCUGGCAGCACCAGCCCUGACUCCUGUCUUUGAGCCGGCGCGUUUGGACAACCUUGCUGCAGGAGAUAUCAACGCCGAGGGGCCGGACCCGACCAUAAUCAGGCGAACUGAACGUUUACCCUUGCACAGAUAUGAUUGGUGGGCCGUGCCAGGCAAGCCUCCUGCGCCAUUCCUCAAUGCGACCAAUUUGGUUUCACCAGCAGGCAAGCCCAUGCCAUGGGCUGAAUGGGAUCUUAAGGUGCCUGUUUCUGACUAUACCAUUCAUCUCAACACAGCACAGGUCGAUUUCCUCUUGAAAGAAGCUACGAAAGGCACUGAAAGUGAUGGCAUAAGAAUCAGCAAGCAUGAUGCCAUUUUGGCACACAUUUGGUCCUGCAUUGUGCGUGCACGUCAACUCGGGAAGGAUGACGGCCUGGUCUAUUGCGAUCUUGUACUUGGCGUUCGAUCUGCUUUCAAGCUGGGUGAAGACUUUUUGGGCUCACCGAUCAUCAUGAUGAAAGUCGAGUUACCGGGCUCUGAGGUUGGCUAUGAACAAUCAAAUAAUGCUAUCGCAGCGUUGAUUCCUAUCGCCCGAAAGAUUCGGCAUACGAUCUCCACUCUCAGCGACCCAGCAAAUCUCGCAGAUCAUCUUCAUAGCGCUGCGUAUGAGAAGUCUCCUCAGCGUAUAUGGCAGGCGUUCCUUGGCCGGCGUCAUAUACUUGUGACAACUUGGGCGCGUGCUGGCAUCUACGAUGUCGACUUCGGUCUUGGAUCGCGCAUACGAUACGCGGAUGGCAUCGUGCCGAACUUGGACGGCGACAUUCUCAUUAAAGAAGCGCCCCCAUGUUCUGGGGAGUUCUCAUCCGGGUCUAGGCCGUCUUGGACCGACAGCGGGGUGGAUAUCUCUGUGCAUAUUUGCACUGAGGAUAUGGAACGAUUGCUCAAGGAUCCUUUGUUACUACCGCGCCUCAAGUAG